GAUCUACUACAGUCACACAGCAGAAGAAGUUUCCCAUGAUGCAACAGCUAGGCAUCAACAUGCCUGCUGCUGUGAUUAUGGAGGAGAACUAUGAUAAAUUACUGGAACAGUGUGAAGCCCAGGAGCUGGAGGCUCCAGGGGGCAUCGCAACACCUCAGGUGUAUGCUCAGCUGCUAUCGCUCUAUCUGCUACACAAUGACAUGAAUAACGGCAGGUAUCUCUGGAAACGGAUUCCCCAAGCAAUAAAAUCGGCAAACCCGGAAUUAACAUCUAUUUGGGCCGUUGGGCAGCGCAUUUGGCAGCGAGACUUUCCAGGGGUUUACACAACCAUUGCAGCCUUCCAAUGGUCCGAGAAUAUCCUGCCAGUCAUGGAGGCUCUUCGAGAGAGCACGCGGCAGCGAGCAUACAGCCUGGUGGCCCAGGCCUACACCUCCAUCGCAGCAGAAGACUUCGCCGCCUUCGUGGGAUACUCUGUGGAGGAGGCAGUGAAAGGUGUAGUGACCCAUGGCUGGCAGGCAGACCCCGCUACCAGGAUGGUGAUGCCCAUAAAGCCAGAUCCUCCCCCCGUCUCACUGGUUCCAAACGAGCAGCAGUUGGCCAGACUCACCGACUACGUGGCUUUUCUCGAGAACUGAUAACCUGCCACCCUUUUUUUCCGCUCACCCGGUACAGGGGAGAGAGUUCAAGUUUGGAUGGACUCUUGCUCCGGUCCUAGUCCCUGAUAAACGAACCAAAAACACACACCCACCAUCUUGCAUGGGAGCUGCACGCUCUUCUCCAAGACCUGCAUAUUCACGACUCUUCUGGCUCCCCCUGUCAAUCCAUAUGUUGGAACACAAUGGUGUAUUAUAUCCUUUUUUCCUUCUCUCUCUGUAACCCACCUGCUGUACAGACUUGGGACUUGAUUUUGAAGGAUAAAUGUUAGAUUUUAUUUUAUUGCUCACCUAACGGACCCUUUCCCUUUCUAAUAAAUAAACAAGUUGGUAUGUUUUAGCACCUGAAGGGUUGCAAAGAACUUUGUCAAGAAGUGGUCAUCUCAGCCCUUUUUUUGAACCUUAUGUUUUGACUGGUGAAUAAAUAUUUUGCUCUUUCUAAUU